GAUAUUCUUAAAAUUUGUGGAAACCAAGAUGUCUGCGCCCUUAGAACAUGCAGGUACCGAGGGUAACGUGGAUGAUCUCCAACAGUUACGAAGAUGUUCCUGACCCUGUUUCUUUGUUAAAUUAAUUCUAAGAUGGCAUCCUCCUUUACCCCGAAGAAAUCAUUUCUAAAGAUCUGGAGGCUUACAGGAAAAGUGACCAGGUCUUUUCAACAGUUUAAUCAACAACGAAGAUUUCCUGAAGGUCUAAAUAAAGAAAAUGAUUAUUACAGAACAUUGUCAAAGAUCAAACAUGUUUUUUGUCAUCCAUUUGUUAAACGGACCCCUUCUUGUUUAAAUGGUAGACUGAGUAUAUGUAAGAGGACUUUCUCAUCACAGAUCUGUAACAAACCAUCAAGUUGUAUAUAUUUGUGUGGAGUUCAUAAGGUUCAGCGUUGUUUGUUACUCAGUUCUGACGUAGAACAGACCGCAGGAUUCAUCCAUGUCCGUGGUUAUUCAUCAUCUGCUAGUCGUGUGUCCUUUGAACUUUUUCAAAAAUACCUGGAUAAAUUAAAUGAUGAACAUGUUGAUCUACAAAAGAAAUCACACAUGAAGAAAAGUGAGAUGAGACGUAUGCAGAGUUUAGAACCUGUGUUGGAGUUACGUCAGGACUUUUUACAGAAACUUACAGAUUAUGAAACUCUGGAGACAUUGAUUUCAGGUCUGGGUCCUGAUGAUGAAGAGAUUCGUUACAUGGCAGAACAGGAAAAGAGAGAGUACAGAACACAAAUAGAGGAACUGAAACAACAGAUACUGUCCUGUAUCAUACCCGAGGAAAGUACAGACAAAAACGACAUCAUACUAGAGGUGUCCCAAGGAAUUGGUGGACAGGAGGCUAUGCUGUUCGCUGCUGACCUCUUUGAAAUGUACCGGGGAGUUGCAAGGUACAAGAACUGGGAGUUUCAAGAGAAUGUUUAUGAUGACGAGACUGUCACAGGUGGUAUCAGGAAGGCUUCAGCUUCUAUAAGAGGAGAGAAUGUAUACAAGUUCUUCAAGUUUGAGUCUGGUGUUCAUCGUGUCCAGAGGGUGCCUGCUACUGAACAACAAGGGAGGGUCCACACUAGUACAGCAACAGUGGCUGUCCUACCACAACCUACUGAGAUUGAUAUGAUGAUAGACCCUAAGGAGAUUAAAGUAGAGACGACUACAGCUACAGGAAAAGGUGGACAACAUGUGAACAAAACAGAAAGUGCUGUGAGACUAACACACCUUCCUACAGGAAUAGUAGUGUAUUGUCAAAGGGAAAGGUCACAGGUCAUCAACAAGGUUAUUGCUAUGGAGCAACUUAGGACAAAGGUAUAUGCCCGUCAUCUGAAAGCACAGGUGUUAGAGUAUAAAGCUCAAAGACAAUUACAGGUCGGCUCAGCUGCUAGGUCAGAGAAAAUUCGCACUUAUAACUUCAAUCAGGAUCGCAUCACAGACCACAGAUUGCAUGAGAAUCUGUUUAAUAUUGACACAUUCUUUAAAGGCGGUGAAGAUAUGGACUUCCUGAACAAAAAACUGCAAGAGACAGCACGCGAGGACAUUAUUGAGGAGAUUCUGGAUCAAUUUGAGAUCAAGGACACGAAAAAAAUCAGCAAAAAGAAAUGACAUACAUAUAUGUACAUUGUUUUCAUUUGUAUGAUGUAAGAUUUAUAUAUUAUGAAAUGUUUAUGGGAUUAAAAUCUAUUGUAUUUAAAAAUAUUAAAACUGUUGAAUAAAGGUAAAAUAAAGACACAAAAAAAA